CAUCUCAGUUACUGCAAAUAUGUCGAAAGAUAUAGACAUGUGGUUGGCGGUGCUAUUAGUAUCACUAUGUGGCCUGGUCCAAGGAUUAUAUCGAGUGGAUCCUCUCGUGUCCACAAACAAGGGCCUCAUCCGAGGUCUUCGAUCAGAUGAGGGACACGCCAAGUUUUUAGGCGUACCUUAUGCGGUGGUUGAUAAAAACAAUCCUUUUGGGCCAUCAGUACCGCACCCAGGCUUUGACGAUAUUUUCGAUGCAUAUGUGUCAAGUGUAUGUCCUCAAGUGGCCAAUGAUGUAGCGAUAGGAACUAUCGAUUGCCUCACCUUGAACAUCUAUGUACCAAGUGCCGCUACUACACAAAACCGCUUGCCAGUAAUGGUAUGGAUACACGGAGGUGCUUUCGUCACUGGUAGCGCUCAAGCUGAAGGAACCCCUAACUAUUUAUUGAGGAAUGACGUCAUUGUAGUAGCAAUAAAUUACAGACUCGGUGCCUACGGUUUCAUGUGUCUGGACAUCCCAGAGGUACCAGGCAAUCAAGGGCUCAAAGAUCAAGUGUUAGCUCUGAGGUGGGUCAAUGAAAACAUUGAAGCUUUCGGAGGAGACGCUUCACAGAUUACCAUUUUUGGUGAAAGUGCCGGUGGAAUGUCCGUGAACCUUCAUUUACUAUCUUCAUAUGAGACGUUGUUCCAAAAAGCUAUAAUUCAGAGUGGUCCUGCUUUAAGUCCAUGGCUGAUUGUGGAACCCGAUAAAACAAUACCAAUCAAAUUGGCCAAUGCUUUAGAUUUUGAAACUGAAGACACACUUGAAGCUCUAGAGUAUCUUGCGUCUGUAGAUGUUCAUACGUUGGCUAAAGUAGCUUACGAUUUGAAAAUAACUGGUUCUACUGGAACUGAUAACCCUGGUACCUUGCCUUGUAUAGAAAAAGAUAUCGAGGGUGUUGAAUCUUUUAUAACUGAUCAUCCAAUGAACAUAAAUUCCCCUAAACUCCGCAACACUCCUGUGAUUAUUGGUCACACAAGCAACGAACUACCUUUCCAAUAUGGGUUGGCUGAUUCAGAUUUCUUUGCAAAUUACGAUUUUGGCUUAAUAUCUGCCGCUUUUGAUUUGGGAAAUGAUUGGGAGGAUGCUGUAAAUGACGUAAGACACUUUUACAUCGGCGAUGAGCCACUCGAUGAAAAUGUAGCUGAUAAAAUAACAGACUUUGCGUCAGAUUUCGUAUUUAACCAUCCUACGCAAAGAAUGGCUGAAAGGAUAUUGGACAUCGGAGGCAGAACAGUGUACCGAUACGUUUUCUCAUACAGUGGUGACAGGAAUUUACUAAAGGUGCUGUUUAACUUGGAAGCUCCUGGAGCUAUUCAUGCUGAUGAGCUGGGAUAUUUGUUCGAUAAUGUUGAAUUGUUUGGCGAACAAGUAACACCAGAAGACCAGCUCAUGAUUGACAGGCUAACGACGCUUUGGACUAACUUUGCUAAGUAUGGGGAUCCAACACCAACUACAUCGGAGCUGCUUCCAGUAAAGUGGCUGCCUGUCUCGAAGACCAGCCAGCCUUACUUGAACCUCGACUCAGACCUCACUCUUGAAGCCAGGCCGUUCCACGACAGGAUGGCGUUCUGGGAUCUCUUCUAUAAACUCUACAGAAAUCAACAAAAGUAUACAGUUUCUGGAAAAUAAGGAACUUUAAAGAAAUGUGUUAAUGGUGUAAAUUAAAUUAAAUUAAAUAUUCGUUUAUUUCAGACAUAAA